AUGCCGGACCUGAAAUCCUACAGCGUCCUCUCCUUGGACUGCUACGGCACCCUCGUCGACUGGGAGGCAGGCAUGGUAGAGGCCCUUGGCCCUUCACCAAGUACCUUCCUCCCCAGUUUGGAUACUUGUGGGAUUGACAGGAAGCCCAACGUCUUGGGGGGUGAGGUGGAAGAUUUGGAGGACGGCAUCGCGUCGGACUUUGGCGGCUGUUGCUUGACGAUUUGUGUACAACAGCUGUCAAAUGGCUGGUGGUCCUGUGAAUGGUAUUUUGCGUGUUGGACGCUCAGCGGAUUGUGCGCGCAUUCCUUGGAGCAGGACUCGGCGGAACGGGCAGUGCGCAUUGAUGAAGGCGAUAAGUGA